AUGAAACGACAGAAAUUAAGCACUUCUUGUGCACCUUCUAAUAAUGUUCUGUUUGAAGAUCUUUUUUAUAUAACAUCCUUGGACAAUAGUAAAUUUGAAAAAGUGGGUCGUAUUAGAGGUCGAAGUUCAGGUUUCGACGCUAACAUUGUUUUGGAUGUUAACAUAAACAUUUAUCCUUUAGAACCUAAACAAAAUUUAACAAUUUGUAUAACGACAUCAGUUGCCUUACCUUCAACAGCAAAAGAAGAACUAACUGCAUAUGAUUUAUCUGAUACAACGCCGCAACGACUUAACACAUUAAUGGAUGAAUAUGAUUAUGUUAUGUACGGACGAAUUUUUAGAUUAGUCGAAAAUCCAUCUGAUCGUCGAACUAUCUACGCGUCUUUUGGUGGUCUUCUAAUGUCCCUGACAGCGGAUAAACAUGUUGUAGGUGAGAUGGAGUUAGGAACUCGUGUGUAUAUUCUUUUGCGUAAAAAAUAAACGCUCUCCUUGUUAUUUAUUACUUUAAUU